UCUGCCUGCCUGCUUUCGAGAUCUGAAAUCCUUCGUGGAAGGGAAUUGCCUCCUUUCGGGAGCCAGGCUUUGCAAAUCAGAGAAUCAGGAAGAGAGAAAGGGAGGGAGAGAGCGAGAGCGCCUGAGAGAGCAGAGAAGCGGCAAGAAGAAGGGAGAGGGAGAGAGAGAAAGAAGGAAGAACGUAAGACUACAGGAUGAAAUUCAUCACCGCAUUCUACUUGUUUCCUCUGUUCCCAGCGCUGGUCUUCAGCACCAGGGCUAUGAAGAGCUGGAAAGACAACUGAAAGAAGUGUUCAAGGAAAGAAGCAAUAUUCUCCGACAGCUGUCAAAGACUUCCAGGGAACUUGAUGGAAUUAAAGUUAAUCUUCAGUCUUUGAAAAAUGAUGAAGCAUCAGCUAAGAGUGAUGUUCAGAAGCUUCUGGAAUUAGGCAAAAAACAAAGGGAAGAAAUGAAGUCUCUCCAGGAGGCCUUUCAAAAGCAACUUAAUGAGGCAGCUGAGAAAGCAGAAAAGCAGCAGGCUACAAUUAAUUUUUUAAAGACUGAAAUGGAAAGAAAGAGCAAAAUGAUCCGAGAUCUCCAAAAUGAGAAUAAAAGCUUGAAAAACAAGCUGCUGUCAGGAAACAAGUUAUGUGGAAUCCAUGCUGAAGAGUCCAAAAAGAUCCAAGCCCAAUUGAAGGAGCUGCGCUAUGGAAAAAAGGACUUGAUUUUCAAGGCACAACAGCUAACAGAUUUGGAGCAAAAACUAGCAGUUGCUAAAGAUGAAUUGGAGAAAGCAGCUCUUGAUAAGGAGUCCCAGUUGAAAGCUUUGAAGGAGACUGUCCAGCUCUGCCUCACAUCAGUUUUACGCAAUCAACCUCCAGCUAUGAGCCUAAUACCAUCUAAACUAACUGAGAGGAGACUGCCAUCACCUAGUAUAAAUGACUCAAAAGUUCCAGUUGCUGUGACAAGUAAAAAGGCUGAACCUACCGUCCUGGGAGAUAAAAGAACUCUUCAAGUUGAAUCGCCAAAAGAAGAGCCAAGUACCAAGUGUGAUUCUCCAGAUGGUGGCAAGAUCUGUGCAGUUAACCACAACUCUACUAAUGUGAACAAGACCACGGAAUUGGAUCCCGUCCUGCAGAAGCUGCACACGCCUCCUCAGUCUAAGCUGGAGAUCCCACAAUCAGAAGAGAAAAACCAGAAGAUUUCCAAAGGCAUUGCAAAUACAGAAGAAAAAACACUGUAGGCUUCUUCAAGAAGUUGUGCUGCAAAUGUCCAUUUGCUAGUGUCUUCACAUUAUUUUUAGUCCAGAGGCAUGACAAACGUACUAAGUUUCUAGAGCAUGCAUCUUUUCCACUAUUUUAUGUAUGUUUGUAAAGUAGCCGAAAAAAUUUCCGAAAUCCAACAUGCCAUUUACUAUCCUUUAGCAAUAAUCUAUUUGAAAUCGAUAUUCACAGAAAUGCUUUUGUAAAAGAGUCCAGUUUUUUAAAACAUUAUGCUGUCUGGAUCAGUAACUUGCUUAUUAUAAAAUAGUCAGUUUUGUACACUAACACCAUUUCAAAGUUUGUUUUGUUGCCUGAUUUUUUUCUCUAUCAUUAUUCUUUUCUGGGAUAGGCUUUGAUGACUACAUGGAAAUAAAGAACACUCUUUUCAUUAA